AUGGGAAGCAGUGGCGAUGUCGGACCUCCUGUAGCGGCGAAAUUCACUCUUAUAUUCGUCGCAUAUGUAGCAUAUGUUCUUUUCCGACGGUUGCCAUUGGUUUUGCUACCUCAAGUGCAAAAGGAAAUUCCUCUUACCAGGGAGGAUAUAGAACACCUCACGUGUUUCUGUAACGGUUAUGAUUGAAAAUUUGGAGGUGAACCAAACAGAAAUCAAGUUUGGAUAAUGCCAGGACCGGUUUUGAAUGCGAAUUGACAUCUUGGAGGAUUCAGUAAUAAAAAAUGCGUUUGCGUCGUUUAUGGCUGCCACUUAGAAACACCAUUAUAAAUCAAACUCAUAAACUUUGUUUCUCAUUGAUUGCCCUGUUUACUAUGAUCAGGUAAAAAAUAUGUUAGUGUGAGAAUGGAAUUUAGUUUCUUGUUCAUCUCUCUAUUUUAUAUUUUAUUAUGUAGUUGUAC